GCGCCUGGAAAAUCCGAGCAUGGCGGCGGAGCGAGGGAGCUGUUCUGCUUCGAAAUCGAGUUAACUUUGUCUCACUCCCACCUGCCCCUCUCGCUGCUCGGUUGUUCUUUUCCUGACGAAGGGUCUCGGCCUGAAACGUCGACUGCGCCUCUUCCUAUAGAUGCUGCCUGGCCUGCUGCGUUCACCAGCAACUUUGAUUAUUUAGUUCCAUCUUCUAUGAUGGCCAGCGUUCACGAGAGUAUGUUUUUUAAUCCUAUGAUGGCAAACGGCGUGGUUCACGCAAACAUUUUUGGAAUCAAAGACUGGGUUACCCCUCACAAAAUCUCAAUCCUAAUUUUGUUGCACGAAAUGGCCACUUGUAAGGGACAAGGAACACCUGAGGUUGAAACGAGACGUCUCCAAAUGAACAAAUUAAAUUUACCGUUGCUGCAGGGCCCAGAUAUGACAUUAUUUCAGUUGUUGAAGACUAUUGGAGCAUGUUGCCCUAAAUUAGCAAGUUCCGUCAGUACAAGAGUGAAGUUGAUGGCUGAAGGAGAGUUGAAAGACAUGGAGAACUUCUUUUUUUCUCUACAGCAUGUUUUUAAUGGUACAGAACCUGCAGUUCACAAGACAAGUGUCAUAGGUCUGUUCUUACGGCACAUGAUCCUAGCUUACAACAAACUGUCCUUCAGUCAGGUUUAUAAGCUUUACACUGCUUUACAACAAUAUUAUCAAAGCUAUGAAAAGAUGUCGCCAAGAUGUGCAGAAACAGAAGAUACAGAUAUGGAAUUAACAUCAUUAGAUCUUGAAAGAAAAAUGGAAAAAGAGGAAUUAGAAUUUCCAUUAAGAGAUGAAGAAGUUAGUGACAGAGGACCUUUAUCUCAGAAACAAGCUGAAUAUUUCCUUGCUCAACAGGCAUCGUUGCUAAAAAAUAAUGAAAACAAGGCUCUUUCGCCAGCUGCUCUCCAGAAAGAAUUGAAUAAUCUACUCAAAUUUAAUCCUGAUUUUUCAGAAGCUCAUUAUUUGAGCUACUUAAAUAGUCUCAGAGUACAAGAUUACUUCAGUGCAAUGCACAGUUUACUUCAUUAUUUUGAUCGGCUAAUCCUUACUGGCAGUGAUAGCAAAAGCAGUGGAGAGGAUGGGUUUGGACGAAGUUUGCGAUACGCAGCUCUAAAUCUUGCUGCUCUGAACUGUAGAUUUGGCCAUCAUGAGCAAGCCCAAUAUGCUUUACAGGAAGCUAUUCGCAUUGCCCAAGAAUCCAGUGACCAUGUUUGCCUACAACAUUGCUUGAGUUGGCUUUACAUACUGGAACAGAUGAAGGGAUCAGAUAACACAGUUCUUGUUGAGCACUCUGUGAAAAAGGCUGGGCAACUUGGUCUACCUUACUUGGCUUCUCUGGGCAUCCAAUCACUAGUACAACAGAGGGCCUUUUCUGGAAGAUCAGCAAAUAAGCUCAUGGAUGCGAUGAAAGAUUCUGACAUGUUGCAUUGGAAACACGGACUUUCAGAGCUUAUUGAUGUAAGCAUAGCACAGAAAACUGCAAUUUGGAAAAUGUAUGGACAAAGCACAAUGGCACUGCAGCAAACGCAACUACUCCUGUAUAUGCAUAGUUUGGAAUCUGUAAACAUGGAUACCCACCAAAAUAAUACCGAGGCAAUGGCUGUGGUGCUUUGCCACUUGGCAGAACUUCAUGCAGAACAGGGCUAUUACUCAGCUGCUUCUGAAAUCCUGAAACAUUUAAAAGAUCGAUUCCCUCCCCACAGCCAGCAUGCAAAGCUUUGGAUGCUAUUUGAACAAAACAUCCAGUUUAAUCGAGCUAUGUGUGAUGGGAAGUACCAUAUAGCUGACUCCCUAAUUCCUGGAAUAGCAGCACUGAAUGGGCCAGAAGGAUUGUAUAGGAAAGCACUUGUUUUGAAAGCACAAAAUCAAAUCACAGAAUCUUACAGGCUUCUGCAAAACCUAUUAAUCCAUUGUCAGAAAAAGAAGUCGACAGAAAUGUUGAUCAAAGUUCUUAUUUUGGAGGCUGAACUUUUCUGGCGUUCGUCGUGUCAUGCAGUGGCAGUUCCUUUACUCCUAAAAGCCUUGGCUCUUAGUCGUGAAUAUCAUUUGGAAUAUCUAACUUCAGAAGCCAUCUUGCAUUUGGCAUUUUCACAGCUAAUGCUUGGAAUUCCAGACCAAGCUUUGAAUGUUCUACAUAUGGCUAUUGAACCUAUUCUGGCUAAUGGAACAGUCUUGGACAGAGGACGUGCUAUGCUGCUAUUGGCAAAAUGUCAGGUUGCUUCUGUAUCCCCUUGCUCUCUUCAAGAAAAAGCUGAGGCUUUUGAGUCAGCAAUUCAAAAUCUGAAUGAAGCCAAGGUAUAUUUUGAGAAGGCAGAUUCCAGUGAGAGGAUUAGAGAAGUCCUCUAUUUGCAGGCAAGAUUGUUCAACGCUCUGGGCAAGACGAAAGAAAGAAAUAAAUGUGCUAUGAUGUUCCGUCAACUACAUCAAGAAUUGCCAACCUAUGGAGUGGCUCUUCUUUCGUAGCAUUUCAUAAAACCGUAGCUGUAAAAUUUAGAAAUGAAGCUUCUGAGGACAUCUGAUAAGUUAUUGCUGACUUUGAAAUAAAUUGAAAUUCUGGUUAAAAAUGAAGAGCAUUGACAGAAGCAUGUUAGCAAAUUUGCUGUGCUGCUCAGCUGAAAAAUAGGAGUUCCUCUGGGUUUAUUGUAGAUGUAGAAACUGACAGACUGCUUUACAGCAAAUUGUGUAUUUACUUGUAGUUUACAGCAUUGCUGAGGCAUAAUAAACAUAUAAGUGCUUGAAACGAACCCUAGUCAUUUAAGCAAUGUGAUCUCCAGUUCAGAUUGAUUCGAAGAAUCAAUUCAAUCAGCUCUAUUUGUUUUAAGUCUAAAGUUGCUAUGUGGAACCAUUGAAAAUGAAAUGUAAUUAAGUAUAAAAUUUUAAAUUGUAGGCAAUGAUUGCAGCAACUUCCUUUUACUUUCAUAGGCCUCCUGAUGUAUAACUGUUGUAAAAGUAUGGUUCUCACAAGAAAUAUUGUGGCAUAAGUAACAUGAAUGUUUUUGAAAGGUGUAAAUAAGGAAUUGUGAUAGUCCUGAAAAUUAGUUGCUUUAUGAUUUAAGGCAUCUGUUUUUGUUCAUUUUUGUAAAGUAUAUU